AAAAAAAACCCGCUAAUUUAACUGAGCUGGCUCACUUAUUUGAAAAACAAAUAAAAUCACAAAAAUCCAGUGCUAGCCAGCCAGUGAGAAAACAAACAUUAUCUAGUAGUGAAAGCCAGUUAAAAGCACAACAACAGCAGGUAAACCCUUCCACCGAGGAAAUCUCCCCACUAGUGGCUGUGAUUAGAAACAGCAGUUUAGGGAAUUUGGUGAAAGUUCUGUCUAGUAACUGA